CCGGGCUCCCCCUCCCCGGGGCGCAUGGGCAGACGCGCCGGAGCGCGGGGCUGAAGCGGAGCCAUGUGCCGCUGGCCGGCAGGGGCGCGGCGAAGCGGGGCGCAGCCCGGCUCCCAGAAGGAGAGCGGGGAGCCUGGUCCGGGACCCCGCCGAGCCCGCGCCGGAGACGAGCUCUAAAGUUCCGCGCGGACUUUGCAGCGAAGUGGCAGCAGCUGCCCGGGAGGACGCAGCCCCCCGCCCCGGCUCCGCGGCCUCGCUGCGCCCUGCUGGGGUCCCGCGCCCUGGCCGGAGCCGAGCCGGGCAUGGCUGCGCAGGGCGUGCGCCCCGCCUUGGGCUGGCUGGCCCUGAGCGGCUGGCUCCUGGCCAUGGCACAGGUGGAUUCUGAUGACACGAUUACCACGGAGGAGCAGAUUUAUCUUCUCCUGGAAGCCAAAAUUCAGUGUGAACUGAACAUCACUACCCAACUACAAGAAGGAGAGGGUAACUGCUUUCCAGAAUGGGAUGGACUAAUAUGCUGGCCCAGGGGCUCACUGGGAAAAAUUUUGGCUGUUCCAUGUCCUCCUUAUAUCUAUGACUUCAAUCACAAAGGAGUGGCUUUCAGACACUGUAGCCCUAAUGGAACGUGGGACCUUGUGCAGGGUUUGAACCGAACGUGGGCCAAUUACUCGGACUGCCUUCGCUACUUACAGCCAGAAAUCAGCUCAGGGAAGCAGGAAUUCUUUGAACGUCUCUACAUUAUGUACACUGUUGGAUAUUCUAUGUCCUUCAGUUCUCUGGCAGUGGCUGUUUUCAUCAUCGGCUACUUCAGGAGGCUGCACUGCACCAGGAAUUGCAUCCACAUGCAUCUCUUUGUCUCUUUCAUGCUAAGAGCUGCCAGCAUCUUUAUCAAGGACAAAGUUGUGCAUACGCACAUAGGCGUAAAAGAACUGGACUCCCUGCUGAUGAGUGACCUCCGGAGCACUGUAGUGGCACCUGCAGUUGACAAGUCACAAUACGCGGGGUGCAAGAUUGCGGUUGUGAUGUUUAUUUACUUCUUGGCCACCAACUACUACUGGAUCCUGGUUGAAGGCCUCUACCUGCACAGCCUAAUCUUUGUGGCUUUCUUUUCGGAUACCAAAUACCUGUGGGGCUUCACCUUGAUAGGCUGGGGAUUUCCGGCUGUCUUUGUAGGAGCCUGGGCAGUGGUCCGUGCAACGCUGGCAGAUGCAAGAUGCUGGGAGCUCAGUGCCGGCGCUAUCAAAUGGAUUUACCAAGCACCGAUAUUAGCAGCCAUCGGGCUGAACUUCAUUCUGUUCCUGAAUACCGUACGGGUUCUGGCAACCAAAAUAUGGGAGACAAAUGCUGUUGGGUAUGAUACAAGGAAACAAUACAGGAAGCUAGCGAAGUCCACCUUGGUUCUGAUUCUGGUCUUCGGGGUGCAUUAUAUUGUCUUUGUGUGCCUACCGCACACGUUCACCGGGCUGGGAUGGCAGAUCCGCAUGCACUGUGAACUCUUCUUCAACUCUUUCCAGGGUUUCUUCGUCUCUAUCAUCUAUUGUUACUGCAACGGAGAGGUUCAGACUGAGAUCAAGAAGACUUGGACUAGAUGGAACCUGGCUAUUGACUGGAAAAGGACGACUCCAUGUGGCAAUUACAGAUAUGGCUCCGUCCUCACCAACAUGACCCACAGCACCAGCAGCCAGUCUCAGAUGGUGACCAGCUCCCGCAUGGUUCUGAUUUCCAGCAAAGUCUGCAGAAAUGCCAGUAGGCAAAAUGAGGCACACAUGAAUUUGCCUGGGUAUGUUAGGAGCAACUCUGAACAGGACUGUGUGCACCACUGGGUUCAUGAGGAGGCCAAUGAAGAUGAAGAGAAGCAGGUGGAUGAUAUAUCGCUCAAGGAGUCACUUAGACCGCAGGGUAGUAGCACAGACCCUGAGGGGAACAGGGUAGAAAUGGAGGAGGCUCUGUGAAGAGUCAUGGACAUCCAUGGGUAUGUCCAAUCUAAAACGGGUUGAAUCCUCUCAUGAUGCCAACAGCUACUAGUAUCCAUAUACUGCCUUGAGCCAAUCUCAGUGAAGAUCUUGGUCAAUGAUGAAGCUUAAUUUACAAGGACUCCAGACCUACAUAAUGCGGCUGACUACGCAAAAUGGUUUCUAUGCCACAAAUGUCAAAGGCACAAAAAAAGUGAAUUUUUAGCACUUACACUACCUGCAUUACACUUAAAACUCUGUACAGCAGACACAUCUUAGAUGUUUUCUGCACAUGCUCUUCUGAAGGCAUGUGAAAGGUGACUCCUCCAUUUGUACACCUGAAAGGAAAAGAGGAAUGGAUAUCAGAAGGUUUACAGUAUAUGCAUUUGAAUGGAUUCUCUGGACUCCAAAAUGUCUUUGCUGUGAAUCACAGGGCUAGGAAAAACUUUAAAAGGGUUUUCAUCCAGUACCUUGUGAACUUUGAUCUCAACGUGGAAUGUUUCAAAUCAUUGUUUUUAAACAGAGAUGCUACUUAGGUUUGAUUAUUUAUACUAUUGCUUUAGCUUGUUUUACGGAAACAUCCAAACCAAAACCUCAUGUAGUAUGUGACCUAAAUUCUCUAACAAGAUAGCCCCUGCUGCAUGCACUGAGUUCUGCAAUGAUUUGGGAAUUAAGUGGCAAUACUAACUGAAUAUGAAAUCAUUUGAAAACCUUCCAGGUAAGUGAAAUAAUUCUAAAAAGAGCACCAGAAAAUUUAAAUAUAAUUAGUGCCCUGUAGUGGAGGAAUGUCUCCUGCUCUAUGUCGACCCCUGAAAGACUUUGAUGUUGGACAGUGAAUGAAUUUGUGCCCACUGAAUCUCCAUUAAACAUCAGAAGAAGCCGUGAUUGGGUUAAUACAGGCCUGAGCUACUUCAGCCAGCUUUAGUACUGUGUCAAAAGUACUUUCAUUAAACACAUCAAGGUCUUUGCCAGAUACUUACUUCCUGUUGGCCAACUUUGGUGCAAAGAUCCUUGCGCUGAGAUCAAAUUCUUCCACUGGCACACAAUCCCACUCCAUUCUUCCAUGGAUUUCCAAGUAGUGGAGUUCCUCUCCAGGGGGGAUUGGAUGCAUAAGAUGGCAGCUGCCUACACCACGUCUCUCCACAGCCCCUCUAAGCGCACCCCUCUGGCAUGCUUCUGCUUUCCAGGCACUUUUUCAUUGCUUCAGCUCAAAUGUGGUGGUGGACAUGGUAUAACAUUAUCUGAUAGAAUAGCUAAGGAGCUCCUGCAUGCCUCACCAUGAUGGCCCAGGUAGAGGGAACUCAGCAGAGAACCCUUAAAUGGACAUGCAGUGGCUCUCAUCAUGGUGGGACAGUGCUGCAGUCCGUGCCUCAGUCUCGACUCUUAGAAAGAUUUCACUCUUGCUCUGCUCUGUCAUAACAAGGGCAACUGUGAAGGGGAAAGCCAAGGAAAUGCACUGAAUUCCUCCCGUGUGGGAAAAACGCACACCACGGCCCAGGGGUGAAGAUGGCAGCAAAAGGGCCAUUUUUGUAGGUGCUGCUGUGUAAGCUGAACCACUUGAGGAGGGGUGGAAGGUGCAGUAUGCAGCCAUUCGCAUCUCCACAUAUUUCAUCAUCGGUAUUGAGAAUUACCAGAGUGUGCUGUAAAACAUUGAAAUGUUUUUUAAAUGACUGAACUUGGGGGAAAGGGGUGAAAAUAGUUUUAAAAUGUCACCUGGGUGUAAAUUGAGCCAAAAAGACUGAGAUAACUAACAAACCAAUGAUCUGUUUGGUGUACAUUUGAAACUUACCAUGAACGGCAGCACAUUUCUUCCUACAAGGCAUGAAAAUAAGAAUAAGCCAUGGUGAUGCCAAGUACGCUCUCUGUGAACUGCAUGAUUUCCCACAAAAGUUCCAGAUCCCACAGCAACUUGGUUUAUCCCAGCUGGAUUUGACAUAGGCUAAGUUCUAUCAUGUCUGAAUGAAACAUCUGAGGGCUGAUGCUGUGAAGUGCUAACUGAUGUCAGACGUCAAUUGUGCUGUUUCGUUUGCUGAUAUUAAAGAUGAUGUUGUUGGGUAGCUAUUGUUCAGUGGCACAUGAGAGGCAUUGGGGGGGAGGGAUAGCUCAGUGGUUUGAGCAUUGGCCUGCUAAACCCAGGGUUAUGAGCUGAAUCUUUGAGGGGCCCAUUUAGGGAACUGGGGUAAAAAUCUGUCUGGAGAUUGGUCCUGCUUUGAACAGGCAGUUGGACUAGAUGACCUUCUGAGGUCCCUUCCAACCCUAAUCUUCUAUGAUUAAAAAAAAUCUCCUUUUUCAGCUUUUCAGUUGUGCUUAAAACUUAUGCCUGGCACUUGUGCUUCUCAUUUAUUUCUGCCUCUGUGACCUAUCAAAUCUCUCUCAGAGACGCUCAUUCAUUCCAGUGAUCUUUUUCCUACCCAGGUAUUCUCUGUGGUUAUAAGCUCAAAUUUCCCUCACUGAACCUAUUAACUAGCCGGUAAACCUUAUAGUCAGGGGAAUAGACAAGAUGGCAAGAGAGUUCUUUCUCAUCUCCCCCCUCUCCGAUAUUACUCAUGAUAUGGACUAAUUCUGAAGUCCUUUUACUGUCACCUAAAGCAUUCUAUACAUCCCUAUACCAGAAAUGUCCUAUGCAGUAGUGACAGCUCACAUGAGUACAAAUUUCACAAAAGCAAGUCAUCCUUUUGCUAAGGAGUUCUCGGUCCACCUCUUCCUGUUGUCAUUUUGCAGUCAUUUAUUGUAUGGUGAAAAAGACGUUCUCUGUGGGACUCAUCCAAAGUUUAAUGACUUUAAUGGCAAGAUUUCCAUUGGCUUCAAAAUGAGCUUUGGAUCAGGCACGUAUCCUGUCGUCGCUACUAUAGGUCUGACUAUAGCCUGAGACACUUUUCAGGUGAUUUCUUGUUAAAUCAUUUGUUCCACCCUCUCUUUGUGCAGAGCUGUUUAUCUCUGACCCAAGGUGACAUUGACUGGGAGCAUGUAUACAGCUGCUGUUCCUAAGCAAGAAUUCCCUAUGUGGGAAACUGUACCUUUCCUUAUCCAUUUUCUGGAGGAAAUAUUUUUUUCCAUUUCUGCGAAUAAGUGCAGCUUGCUAUAGUGAACAAAGCAACUAAACUCUGCCUCUGGGCAAAAUUAUUUAAAUCCGGAAUGUCCACAGCAAACAUUUGUGCAGUCAAGGGAGUUUCUUGCCUGCAAUAAGUGUCAUUAGCAUUUGUUUCCAUUUAUUAAUUAUUAUUUUACAGUCAACAAGAGACUGAAAAUGCUUUGUGUGUUCAUGAACUUCAGUGCUGAUCAUCUCUCAGAAGCACACCCACGACUGAAUAUCAACCCACUUCCGAAAUCUCUUUCAGCAGUGCUGGAACACUCUGUUCCUGAUCAGAAGAUUAUCAACAAAUCUUCCCUUUUCUAAUGAAACAACAUUGCCUCUUUUGUGGUAACGGACUUAUGCAUCGUCUAGUCAACACAACGAGAUUGCCUCCCUGAGCUUCAGUUUACUGACACAAGACAUGGUUCUGGUAUGCACGUUGAUUACAGUUGGUUGGGAAUUUUUUUGACAAAAGCAGUUGUUCACUGAAAAAAUGCUGAUUCUUUGCAACCAAAUCUUGUCAUGGCAAAGGGUCCAUUUAGGCAAAUUUCUUGACUUGAAAAAUGUUUGGAAAAGGUUUUGAAAUGGUUGAAACGUGCUGUUUUGACAUUUUCGCAACAAUAAAUGCUGGUUUCCCAGUUCAAAAUUACUUUUUUCCUUCCCCUCUCUCCCUCCUCCCCCCCAAAUUUAA